AUGUCACUUUUAAAGGAUUCUACAGUUGCAGUCAUUACCGGGACAUCUUCAAAUUUAGGAUUCAAUAUAGCUGUUCGUUUGUUGGAGGGGCUUCCUGACAACAAAGAAAUUACUCUUGUUGUUACUUCCAGAACAUUACCAAAAGUAAAGGAAGUGAUUUCUGAUAUUAAAAAAUAUAUUGUGGCAAAAAUCCCAACUAAAGUAAACAAGGUGGAAUUUGACUAUUUAUUGGUGGAUUUCACUGAUAUGGUAUCAAUUUUAUCAGCAUAUUAUGAAUUGAAUAAACGAUACAAACAUAUUGAUUACUUGUUUAUUAAUGCGGCCCAAGGAGUAUACGGAGGCAUAGAUUGGACUGGCGCAGUUCUCGAAGUUUUGCAAAGCCCAAUUGAGGCAGUCACUAAUCCAACUUAUAAAUUACAAAAAGUUGGAGUAGAAAGUGGCGAUAAAUUGGGAUUAGUCUUUCAAGCAAAUGUGUUUGGACCAUAUUAUUUUAUCCACAGAAUCAAACACUUGUUGGAAAAUGGUGGGAAAAUAGUGUGGGUCAGCUCAUUAAUGUCAAGUCCAAAAUAUUUGUCUUUCAAUGAUUUACAAUUAUUGAGAUCACCAGCAAGCUAUGAAGGCUCAAAAAGAUUGGUUGACUUGAUGCAUUUUGGAACUUACAACAAGCUAGAAAGAGAACAUGGAAUCAAACAGUAUUUAGUUCAUCCUGGGAUAUUCACAAGUUUCUCGUUUUUCCAAUAUUUGAACGUUUUCACAUACUAUGGUAUGUUAUUUUUAUUCUACCUUGCAAGAUUUUUAGGGUCACCAUAUCACAAUAUUUCUGGGUAUAUUGCUGCGAACGCUCCUGUUGCUGCUGCUUUAGGUCAAACUAAACAAAACUGCAAAACUGCCUCGGCUUGUACUAGAUCUGGUAAAGAGUAUUUAUUAGAAGAAGAGAUUGACAGCACUGGUCUGGACGACGUUGUCCUGUAUUUGGACACACUUACUAAAGAGUGGGACGAAAAGUUGAAGGAUCAAAUAGUAAAUACACGUCAACCUUGA